UGGCUGGCGGGAACCUGCUCCAGUUUGGGGUGAUGAUUGAGAAGAUGACCGGGAAGUCGGCGCUGCAGUACAACGACUACGGCUGCUACUGCGGCAUCGGCGGCUCCCACUGGCCGGUGGACCCGACGGACUGGUGCUGCCAUGCCCACGACUGCUGCUACGGGCGCCUGCAGAAGCUGGGCUGCGAGCCCAAACUGGAGCGGUACCUUUUCUCGGCCAGCAAGAGCAACAUCCUCUGCUCCGGCAGAACGACCUGCCAGCAAGAGACCUGCGAGUGUGACAGGACGGCUGCACUCUGCUUUCGCCAAAACCUGGACACCUACGACCGCAAAUACGUCCGCUACCCCAACAAGCUGUGCACAGGCCCCAGCCCACCCUGCUAAGGCUGUGCCCCUCCUCCUCCCUGUGGCCUUCUGAGGCCCCGCCUCCAGCUGCUGCAGCCCCAGGCCUGGGGAGCAUUGGCACCAAAGGCCCUCCUUCUGGAACAUUCCUUUCCUGCAAACCCAUCCCACCCUGAGGAUGCCCAGAGUGUGGCCUGGACCAUCGCUGGCCUUCCAGGCCAUGUACCCCUUAGCAAGAGGCAGGCCCCGGAAGCUUCAGCACCCA